ACCAAGACUCUCUUGCCAUAAAUCCCAUUUGCAUUCCACCCCGUGCAAAUGCCUUCCCUCCCAAGAAAGAAAAAACCGAGGUUCCAUUCCAUCCAGUGCAAACCCUAAUUUGAGAAAUUCAAUUCACUUGCCAAUUCAGAAAGAAACAUGGUUGUUCUUCAACAGUUAGGUGAAAACAUUUCUCGUGCUCUUCAGCAGAUGAGCAAUGCCACCAUGAUCAAUGAGAAGGUCCUCAACGAAUGCCUCAACGAGAUCACUCGCGCCCUUCUUCAAUCCGGUGUCGAAUUCGAGCUCGUCCGCGACAUGCAGACCAACAUCAAGAAGAUUGUCAACCUCGACGAUCUCACUGCAGGCCACAACAAGCGCAAGAUAUUCUGCCAAGCUGUGAUCGAUGAACUCUGUAAGCUUCUGGAUUCUGGAAAGCCUUCUCAUACUCCCAAAAGACGAAAAGCAAGUGUUGUCAUGAUUGUUGGUUUACAAGGAUCUGGAAAAACCACAACUUGUACAAAAUAUGGACAUUAUCAUCAAAAGAAAGGCUGGAAGCCAGCUCUAGUAUGUGCUGAUACAUUCAGAGCUGAUGCAUUUGAUCAGUUGAAGCAAAAUGCAACUAAAGCUAAGAUCCCUUAUUAUGGAAGCUAUAUAGAAUCAGAUCCUGUGAAAAUUGCCGUGGAAGGUGUUGAAAGAUUCAAGAAAGAAAACUGUGAUCUUAUUAUUGUUGACACCAGUGGACGGCACAAACAAGAAGCUGCUCUUUUUGAAGAAAUGCGCCAAGUUUUAGAAGCAACGAAACCAGAUCUUGUUAUAUUUGUCAUGGACAGCAGUAUCGGUCAGGCUGCUUUUGAUCAGGCUCAAGCAUUUAAACAGAGUGUUGCAGUGGGAGCUGUCAUUGUCACUAAAAUGGAUGGCCAUGCAAAGGGUGGUGGUGCUCUUAGUGCUGUUGCGGCAACUAAGAGUCCUGUCAUAUUCAUUGGAACUGGAGAACACAUGGAUGAAUUUGAAGUUUUUGAUGUUGAACCAUUUGUUAGUCGUCUAUUAGGCAUGGAAGACUUGUCUGGUUUCAUGGACAAAAUUCAGGAAGUUGUUCCUAUGGAUCAACGGCAUGAACUGCUUCAAAAGCUGUCAAAAGGAAUCUACACAUUAAGGAUUAUGUACAAGCAGUUUCAAAACUUCCUUGAAAUCGGUCCUAUUGACCAGGUAUUUUCUGCCCUGCCAUGUUUUGGUUCUGAAUUAAUGGAAAAAGGCCGUGAGAAGGAAAACCAGGCUAAAAUUAAGCGUUACAUGAGAAUGAUGGACUCAAUGACAAACGAAGAGUUGGAUACAUCAAACCCAAAACUCAUGAAUGAGUCAAGAAUGAUGCGAGUAGCUCAAGGUUCUGGUUGUCAUGUUAGGGAAGUAGUGGAAAUGUUGGCAGAGUACAAGUAUCUUGCAAGGAUGUGGAGAAAACAGAAAGGGCUUAAAAGUCCAAAUGGUGAUUUCAGUGCCUCAUUGCUAAAUCAAUUAGGAGGCAUGCGUGGAUUGCGAAGAUUGAUGACACCGAUGGGAACAGGUAAGAACAUGAUGGAAAUGGUUGGUGAUGGAAAUGGUUGGGGGUGGUGACAAGUAGACUUAUAAUGGCUUAUGAGCUAAGGAUUUUCAAUUACAAAGGCUGAGAAUGAUAAAAUAGGCAUUGUGCAAUUUAUGCAGUUCGCAUUGGUUUCGCAUGUUCUGUCAACCAAUUUAUAGAAAUCUUAAAGGCUGUUAUGUAAUGUAAUAGUAAGUUUGUUUGGCACACUUUUUGUUCUUCUCUAUAUUACUACAUUGGGUUCAUUAUUAAAUUUUUCUGUG